AUGACCUACUACUGCCCCGAUUGUGACAGGCAUUUCCACUCAGGAAGAAAGGCUCGCGACCAGCACUGUCUAGCAACGGGCCACGCUCUCCCACAAUUUGACUGCGACACGUGUAGCUUCUGCUUCGACGACGAGUAUGACCGCUGCGAGCACAUGAACCUGGAAAUGCACUGGGCCCAUAAUGUACUGGAGUGCAGGAUGUGUUACCUUCGCGCCGUGAGCAAGGAUGAGAUUUCGAAGCAUGAAAUUGAGCUUCAUAACUACUGCGCUGACUGUGAGCGUCAAUUUUCAAAUCUGAAUUGCAUCCGACAGCAUUUGAAUGGAAAGAUUCAUCGCGUGUCAACGGUGAAUUGCCCCUUUUGCAAAGCGAAAUGCGGCACUGCGACUGGUCUAUCGUGUCAUCUUGAACGAGGCUCUUGUCCACGCGUUCCGAUGAGUCGGAAAAAGCUCUACAAGUACGUCAGGAACCGUGAUCCCGCUGGUGUCAUCGUAAACAAGCGUCUUGAAUGGCAUGGAGAAAGGACGUACGAGAUCAACCCUAGACUAGCAUGGAAUCACUGGGCGAAAGCCUACGAGUGCUAUUUAUGCCACAAGCUCCAUUCUUCGCUGCAUGGCUUGAAGCUGCAUCUCGAAUCGCCAAAGCAUCAGCAGAAGCUGUAUCAUUGUUUGAAUCCAACUUGCCGGAAGGAGUUUGCAACGUUGGCGGCGCUUAUCAAUCAUCUUGAGAGUGAGAGUUGCAAGAUACUGCGCUUUCAGCAGGCGCAGAGGGGUAUUUCGAGCAUUGUUGAUCCCAAUCGGAUGAUUUCCAACUAG